UCCUCAUAAUGCCACUGACGUGUCUGAUCGUGAGUUGAGUGUUGAUUUUGACGGCAGGCAGUGCUGCGCACAUUAACUCAAGCGCAGGGCAACUUUAGAGCACUUAUUUAUUUUUUUACACGUUUUCGUUUUUGUUGAACGUUGUUUGUUCUGUCCUUCGUAGAAUUGGGUUCUUUCGUUUUUGGCAAAGAUGCUGGACUUCUUCGCCAUCUUCAGUAAAGGGGGAAUCGUGUUAUGGUGUUUUCAGGGGGCCGGAGUCACUGAAUCCUUUACCGGGCCUGUCAACGCUCUCAUCCGCUCCGUCAUCCUCCAGGAGAGGAGUGGGAAUAACUCUUUCACCCACAAUGCCCUGAGUCUUAAAUACAAGCUGGACAAUGAGUUUGAGCUUGUGUUUGUGGUGGGUUUUCAAAAGAUCCUGACGCUGACGUAUGUGGAUAAGUUCAUAGAUGAUGUCCAGCUUCACUUCAGAGAUCGAUACAAGAAUGAGCUGGAGCAGAGAGGCCCCCUAAAGUUUCUGCUCAGUAAUUUUGAAUUUGGAGAGGACUUCCACAAUCUUCUGAGGGAGGCGGAGGACAGCAGCAAAGCCAAGGCCCCCGUCUCUAUGAGGACUUUCGACAUGUCCCAGAAAUCCCAAAAAACUGUGAAGUCUAUGAUUGAGACAAAGGAUGGAGACAAAAACAAGGAGCAAGGAGGCAAGAAAAGUAAAAAUGCCAAAAAGGAAGGUGUCUCAGGAGGAGAUCAGACUAAAGCUGUUUCACAGACUGCCUCAAAAAAGGCUGUGGAGAAUGGAAGCGAUGGUCUGACCGCAGAGGAGAUUAUUGAGAGGAACCGUGCCAAGUUCAUCAGCAAGCAGUUGGGUGGCGGAAAACCAGAGAAGACCAGUAAGUCCCCUAAACCCCCGAAGCAAAAGUUGAAGGCAAACCGGGUGUGGGAUAUGGGCGGGAGGAACACUGGAGAGCUGGACUACAGUGGAACCAAUGGCAACUCCAGUGAUGCACAGAACCAAGACUAUGAGGCCUCAGCUGAACCGCUGAUCCAGGUGGAUUCAAUGAAAGGUGACCUGCGAGGUGUGGAUUAUGAGUCUUCAGACGACGAGGAUGAAGAAGUGGAGGAAGAGGAGCGAGUUGUGGUGACGCAAACUAACAAGAAAGGAGCUAAAAAGGGUGGUUUUGGGGGAAUGUUUGGGAUGCUGAAAGGCCUGGUGGGAUCGAAGAAUCUGACUCAGGAGGACAUGGAGCCAGUUCUGGACAAGAUGAGGGACCACCUCAUUGCCAAGAAUGUAGCAGCUGAAAUAGCUUCCCAGCUCUGUGAGUCUGUGGCCAAGAAACUAGAAGGCAAAGUCAUGGGCACUUUCACCACUGUGGCCUCUACGGUAAAGCAGGCUCUGCAGGACUCUCUGGUGCAGAUCUUGCAGCCCAAGCGCCGUGUGGACAUCUUGAGGGACGUGCUGGAUGCUCGUUCUCAGCGCAAACCCUUCGUCAUCACCUUCUGUGGGGUCAAUGGCGUCGGCAAGUCCACCAACCUCGCCAAGAUCUCUUAUUGGCUGAUUGAGAACGGCUUCACGGUGCUCAUCGCCGCCUGUGACACGUUCCGCGCGGGCGCCGUGGAGCAGCUGAGGACUCAUCAGCGCCGUCUGAACUCUCUGCACCCCCCUGAGAAGCACGGCGGACGCCCGGCCGUACAGCUCUUCGAGAAGGGAUACGGCAAGGAUGCUGCUGGGAUCGCCAUGGAAGCUAUUGCCUAUGCUCGUAACCAGGGUUUUGAAGUGGUGUUGAUCGAUACAGCUGGCCGUAUGCAGGAUAACGCCCCUCUGAUGACGGCUCUGGCUAAGCUGAUUGCGGUCAACACCCCGGACCUGGUCUUGUUUGUGGGAGAAGCACUAGUGGGCAAUGAGGCUGUGGAUCAGCUGGUUAAAUUUAAUCAAGCCCUGGCUGAUCAUUCCAAGACUGACAAACCCAGGCUUAUCGAUGGCAUUGUUCUCACCAAGUUUGACACCAUUGAUGACAAGGUGGGCGCUGCCAUCUCCAUGACCUACAUCACGGGUCAGCCCAUCGUGUUUGUUGGCACCGGGCAGACGUACAGCGAUCUGCGCAGCCUCAACGCCAGGGCUGUGGUCAGCGCGCUCAUGAAGGCCUGAGCUUCUGGUGCUCUAGCCACUUUCACGGUUUCGCUACAGCUAGAUAUGAGACCCGUGACCCCUCUCAGCUUCUUGUGAAUGCAAACAUGCCUAUGUGUUCAAAUGAUAGGUGUUUUUUAGUUUACUACAGGUUUAACUGAAAUUCAGUUCAUAUUUAGGAACCCUCUUGUGUUUUGUUCCAGGGAAAAAAAGUGUUUGAUUCAGUUUAAUGAGUGGAAGGAAUAACAUUUGACUUGAUCUCACCUCAGCAACCAUUUUUGAUUGACAAUGCAACACAGCCAAUCAGAGAGCAGCAGCUACAAACGCCUGGUGGUUUUCAUUAAAGAUGAGAAUGAGAUGAGAAAAGUAUUUUUGCACUUUUCUGCCUCCAUUCGCUACGAUGAAGCGUUCUCAUAUUUACUUCCUCGCAAAAAAGAUUGAUUGAGGUGUUAUUCAAAUGUUAUAAAAGAAAUAUAAUAUAUUCUAAAUGUAUUUUGUCUACUUUUUAUUUGAUUAAUGUAGGUACAUUCAGAAGAUUGCUCGUCACCCAAACUGUCUCAUGAAUUCACUACCAUAGUGCCUCAGCUCAUUACAUUCGCAGUUGUUCCCAAAACAAUUCCGUACAAAUGCUGCCUUUUCUCAUUCUUCCUUUUUUACUCAGGCUUUUCAUGUCACUGGAUAUGGAAGUUAUUAAAAGAUAUUGAAAGAUUUGGUGCUUGAGGUUUGAAGGCCAAGAUCUGAGUGAGGCACCUCAGCAAAGAGUUCUAAAAUGCUGCGUAUACCAAACUAUCUGAAUCCCUACAAAGUUACAUCUUUGUUUUAAUUCAUUAGUAACUGUACUGUCAUUUUCUUUUCUUUCAGAUCCCUCAUGCUUUUAUUUUAGAACAAAGUCAGGUCUUAAUUCUCCUCAUAAUAAUUUGAUUUAGCACAAUGGCAAGACUGGAGAGCUUCAUCGAGAAGAUUUGUUGUACUUUGAGAAUGUGUAAUAUUUCUUAAAUAAAGCUGCUAUAAUAGCCUGUAA